ACAAGCAAAAAAGAUGAGAGAAGAUUGAGUCAUGAUGUUUCAGAGUCAUGAAGGAUGAACUGAAGGAAAGGAGUAAGACAAAUAUGCGGAGAAAGUCCAAUAAUGUAGCAGAAGAAGACGGAAAGACGGGGACCCUGGAAGACCAGAUUGAAGAAGAGGGGAAGAUGAGUGUGAGGUGGGAGACGGAGGGACUGCAGACAGUUGGGAUCGUCUGCCUUGUGAUCAUGUUCCUCAAACUCAUGCACCUGCUGGGCCUGAUCGACAUCACCGAGACCGACAGCAGCGACAGUGACUUGGAGCUGUCGACAGUGCGUCACCAGCCGGAGGGGCUGGACCAGCUGCAGGCUCAGACCAAGUUCACCAGGAAGGAACUUCAGUCUCUGUAUCGAGGCUUCAAGAAUGAGUGUCCCAGCGGGCUGGUUGAUGAGGAGACAUUCAAGACCAUCUAUUCUCAGUUCUUUCCCCAAGGAGACGCAACCACCUAUGCUCACUUCCUGUUCAACGCGUUUGACACCGACAGAAACGGUUCUAUCCGCUUCGAGGACUUUGUCAUCGGCCUCUCAGUGCUGCUCCGAGGUUCAAUCACUGAGAAGCUCAACUGGGCCUUUAACCUCUACGACAUUAAUAAGGACGGCUACGUCACCAAAGAGGAGAUGCUGGCGAUUAUGCAAUCAAUCUAUGACAUGAUGGGGAGAUACACCUACCCGUGUGUGCGAGAUGAAGCGCCGUCCGAACACGUGGACAAGUUCUUCCAGAAAAUGGACAAAAAUAGAGAUGGUGUCGUGACCAUUGAAGAGUUCAUUGAGACCUGUCAGAAGGAUGAGAACAUCAUGAACUCCAUGCAGCUCUUUGAGAAUGUGAUAUAAGGAAUCAAGAUGUUUUUGUUUUAUUUUUUUCUCCCUCCGCCCUCGUGCACCACCGACCCACAAACACAGCACACCCAUGCCCAUCAAAACUCCACACGAACGCAUGACAUCCUGGCGCACGGUGUAGGUGCUGUAAAGUGUUCUCUUUUUCUCAUCUUUUAGCUGUUUCUUCCACCGGCAUCUGGAUAAAAAAAGAACUGUUAGAGACUGAAGAAGAGCUUCCUGGGUCAAAUUCCCAUCCAUUCAGUGGGUUUUUUGAGCUUCUUGUGUUUUUAUCGUCAGACAAAAAAGGUCAACAACCAGCCAGGAGGAGAGAUACACACCAGGACACAAGCUUUAACACCUCCACACCUUGUCUUUCUCUCUGAAAGACACUCACACACACAUUGUUUCUCUGUCAUACACACUCACAUAGAUCAGCUUGAGUUUUCACACUAGAUGAAGUGA